GUGUCUGCAUUGCACUCUUUCUAUUAGUGAAUCUCAAAAUGAUAAAGACUUUAGAGUCAACAUUGGCAGGAGAAUGAGCCCAACCCAUACCUUCUCCACUCACAAGACAUUAUUAUAAAGUAUAAUAUAUAAGGGAUUUAAGACAUACUCAAACACAAAAGUCCCAGAGUUUUGCAUCUCAAAUAACCAUUUCUCAAUUCUACCCUGACCUUCAAGACCCUACAAAAAUGGGGGAGAGAGAACAAGUUAGGCCACUAGCUCCAGUAUCCGAUCGACCGGGCAGCGACGACGACGAAACAACGUUAAACAAAAAAAAGUUUCAUCAAAGAAGAUGCUUCAAAUACUGUGCUUGUGUAUCUACUCUUCUUCUCAUUCUAGCGAUAAUACUCAUCAUUUUGAUCUUCACAGUGUUCAAAAUAAAAGACCCUAUUAUUAGAAUGAAUGGCGUCACAGUUGAAAAACUAGACCUUGUUAACACCACCAUUAUCCCUAUGCCUAAACCAGGUUCCAACAUGACCAUAAAAGCUGAUGUCUCAGUGAAAAAUCCUAAUUAUUCAUCAUUUAGGUACAGUAACACAACCACCAGUAUUUCCUACCGUGAUACAGUGGUCGGUGAAGCGCGGGGCCCACCGGGGAAAUCGAAGGCACGAAGGACUAUGAGGAUGAACAUAACAAUUGAUAUUAUUACGGACAAGAUUGUGUCACACCCUGGCUUACAGGAUGAUAUUAGUACUGGUUUGCUGACUAUGAAUAGCUUCACAAGAGUUGGUGGGAGGGUCAAGUUGUUGAAUAUGAUCAAGAAACAUGUGGUUGUGAAGAUGAAUUGCAGUAUCACUGUGAAUAUUACUAGCCAGGCAAUUCAAGAUCAAAAGUGCACUAAAAAGGUUAAGGUUUAAUCAGGAUUUCCGAUAUUAGUAUCAUGAUAUUUUUACUACAUCCUUUUGGGGAAUUUUUUUUUUUUUUUUUUUUUGUAAAGAUCUAUUGAGUUUUGUAUACUCUUAGCUGUUGAUUAUUAGAGGAGUUAUUGGGAGUGGAUUAGAUGUUACUACUAUAUUAGUACUACAUAUAUUUUGAUACACUACAGAUGACAUUGUGUGAUUAAACGAACAAAUUUUACGUGCUCUUUGUUUCUUGCUUUCCUGGUCGAUUAUAUUAUCACACUUCCUAGAUUUAUAAAUUCUUAUGCAGAUUUGUGUGGGUAUGAUCACAAAUGCUUCCCUUUUCCUAUGAUCAUGAGUGACA